AUGGUGGGGGAAUCGAGAACAGAGUUACUACAGUGGCUCAAUUCUACCUUGGGAUUGACUUAUAAUCGUGUAGAACAAUGUGGAACAGGAGCAGCGUAUUGCCAAAUUAUAGACUCGAUAUAUGGCGAUGUUCCCAUGGGUAAAAUCAAGUUCAAUGCCAGCAAUGAGUACGAUUACCGACACAACCUAAAGAUACUCCAAACUGUAUUCACCAAACAUAAAAUUGCCAAAACAGUGGAAGUUGAAAGACUCAUCAAAUGUAGGCUCCAAGACAACCUCGAAUUAUUGCAAUGGAUGAAAAAGUUCUGGACGGAAAACAAAGACAUUAACGUUCCAUAUGAUGCCCCGGCACGCCGAAGAGUUACCAGUGGUCCCUCCAGCAACAUCAGGAGCCGUGCGCCUCUGCGUGCCCCAAGUGGUCCAAGGCGAGUGGUGUCUGCUGGAACAUCGGUCGUUCCUGGAUCUGUACCUGGGUCCGUUUCAGGGACCAUUUCGGGGCGUACCACUCCCAUAUAUUCUGGCCAUAUGUCACAGGAACUAGCGAACAAGUCGCAUGAAUUGGAGGCUACGUUGGAGGAGUUGAAGGACUACAAGAUUCUGGUCACAAGUCUCCAGGCAGAGAGGAACUUUUACUUCAACAAACUACGAGAAAUCGAGGUGCUUUGCGAAACGGCAAAGAACAGCGAUACACAGACUCCCACCAGCGAGCUCAUCGCAGAAAUACAGGCUAUCUUGUAUAAAACCGAAGAAGGGUUUGAGGCAGAAGAUGGGGACGAAUUUUAG